AUGGUGCACUUGUGCGUAUGGUGGAGAGGAGCCAUUUCCGCUGGCGUGCUGGGUGAGCGCGUCGAGCAGCUAGCGCGGCUUGUGGCGGACGUGAAACAUCCCAGUGAGCAUAACACGGUGAGCACGUGCUUGAGCAGCGGCGCAGGACCCGGUGCAGGCGGUCACGACGUUGACGACGUCGGACAGGGGUCUGAGGACACUCCGAGUAGUCGCCGUGCAAGGCUGGCGCGCUUUGUAAAGCAGCGCAUCGUUGAGCGUUCCAAGCGCGGCUCAAGCCCCUCCGCCGCCGCCGCCACAGCCCAAGACGAAGAGGAACUGUCACUAGACACCUUCGCGGACAUGGUGGGACUGACACAGCAGCUACUAGAACAGGAAGGUGUGCUAACUGCUGGCACGACAGGUGUCGCUGAAACCUCCAGCACGCAGGGCAUGCGCACCUUUGAGCUUUACGACGAGAAGAUCAACAACACUGAGGCGCUCAAGCAGCGUCCUAUCUUGGCGGUGGUGAUGGUACUGGUGCUUGCUGUGUACGCUAGCAAGAUUGUAGCACGUCCAGAGCUCGCCGCGCGCAGCGUGGCGCACUUGGAGGCUCUUGAAAAGAUGAUGGUGCUGGGCAGCAGUGAUGGCAAUCGGAGCGGAGCUGCUACUGUUGCUCUCCCUCAUCCGACAUCGUCGUCGUCAUCGACACUGGCCGCGCUUUGGCCCCUGACGGGUGAGCUUGAAGUAGCCCUCGUGCAUCGCCAGCACGAAGCCGACGCCGCGCGUUGCUCCUCCAGCGAAGGUGAAGAACUCCGCUCCACGCUUCAGCACAUGCAUGAGAAACGGAUGUUGCUUCAGCAAGACAGCUCAGCCGCGAAGGCUGCGACCCCGAGCGAGAGAUGGGCAGCCGGGGCCUCGCAGUACAUUGGCCAGCGCCCAAUCUGGGCUGCCCUGCGCUCCCACUUUCUCUCAGCCGGCGUCUUCGAUGCAGACAAGCCGACAGUGCUGGUGUUUUUUGGCCCCUCCGGCUACGGCAAGUCGGAGUUGGCAAAGCGGGUGGCCAGCGUGCUGCACGGUAUUCCAAUGCCGGAGCUCGAGGCGUCCGGCAAGAUGGUGUACAUUCACAUGCCGUCCUUCUGCACCAAAGACAGCAUCUAUUCUCUCGUCGACCCGCCGGCCGCCCACGUCGGCAGCGGUAUCCUCCUCUCCGCCCUGCAGAAGCAUCCGGACGCCGUCGUGGUGCUGGACGAGUUCGAGAAGAGCACGGCAGAGGCUAUUAACAACCUGUGGCUGUCCGCCUUUCAAAAGAACGGUGUGCUGCGCUCGCUGAAGGAGGCGAACCGAUCCGUCUCCACAGUGCGCACGACCUUUAUCCUCACCUGCAACAUCGCGGCGGAGGGCAUUGCGGCUCGCGAACGCCUCUACCUCAGCGCGUCCCCGGCAGAUCAAGAGAGGAUUCGGGCACUUUUCCAGUUGCAAUGCAGGAACGUGUGCCAGGAGACCAUGGGUGACCCUUUCGUCAACCGCGUGGAUCACUUCUUCCCCUUCAUGCCCUACACACGUGCUGAGCGGCGGCAAUUUGUGUGCCUCCUGCUCGAGCGACUCCUGACAAGUCAGGCUGAGAAGGGCCGCACCAUCUACGCUACACCGGGGUUUGUGGAUGUGAUGGCGGAACGGCUCCACACCUUCCACGCCGCCACGCUGGAGGAGGCUGUGCGGACGCAAGUCGUGCGGAUGGCACACGAAGGGUGGAAGUCUGGGGUGCUCACAGCUGAGCGCCGUGUCGCCGGUGGCACCGUGGCGGUGCUGCUGCCUGCAACAAGGUCGGAGCUCAUGAAGCACGCAGCAACCUCCUCAUCAUGCCCAGCGUCGACAACGGGUGGUUGUUCUGCUGCCCGCUUGAGCAGCGACGACCUCGUCGACGUAGGCGACCGCUCGCUUUUGGUCGAAGCGUGGGAGUCGCUGCCUGGUGGUCCGCAAUCGCUGACGCAGUGGGAGGUAGCGGGGGGAAGAGAUGGUUGCGCGCCUGGGACCGCGGACGAGGACGACAUCUUGAGUCCACCGAAACUGACGCCGACGCCUUCGACGUGUCGGCGAGACACCAGCCUGUUUUCCGCGACACCCUCCACCACAACCUUGCCGACACCCACGCCAGGCGGUGCUGAGCCGCCUGCCGUCAGCGCACCCGCUUUAGAGAAGGAAUACGAGUACGAGUGUCUUACCGACAAGGUUCGCAUUCUGGAGCUGGAAAAGGAGCUGGACACGACGCGGGACCUGCUGAAGCAGCGUGACUUGGAGAUCGAUACACUGAAGGACAAGAUCUUGCUGCUGCAGAAGGCGCUCGCGUUGGUGCUUCUUUCACUGUUGAGUUGCCUCUUCCUCAUAGCGCUCAUCAUCGGGCUCAAGCUGACGCUGCUCUUUGCCCUGGCCAUAGCAGCCUGUCUCGUGUUUGUGCUCGGUGUUCCUCUGUCCUUCCUGCUCGACGCCGUGCGCGGGCUCUUCCACUUGCUGGGUCCCUACAAGACCGGCGGGCUGCUCCUCCUCCUGAGUGGGUGGCUAGCGCGGGCAUCUCGGUCAGCUGCGUCGUGCUCGUAG